AACCGGUGGCUGAACCCCGCCUCACAGUUGAAGGCUCUGACGGCCGCAUCUUCGCCGCCUUUCCUUCCGGGAUGGCUACCCUGGUUGUAAACAAGCUAGCCGCCGGACUAGACAGUGGCCGGCAGGGCAGCCGGGGUGUGACUGUGGUGAAGGUUCUGGAGUGUGGAGUUUGUGAAGAUGUUUUUUCUUUGCAAGGAGACAAAGUUCCUCGCCUUUUGCUUUGUGGACACACAGUCUGUCAUGACUGUCUCACUCGACUACCUCUUCAUGGAAGAGCAAUACGUUGCCCAUUUGAUCGACAAGUUACAGAUUUGGGAGAUUCUGGUGUCUGGGGACUGAAAAAAAAUUUUGCUUUACUGGAGCUUUUAGAACGACUGCAAAAUGGACAUACUGGUCAGUAUGGAGCUGCAGAAGAAGCCAUUGGGAUAUCUGGAGAGAGCAUCAUUCGUUGUGAUGAAGAUGAAGCCCACGUUGCAUCUGUAUAUUGCACUGUGUGUGGAACUCACCUGUGCUCAGAGUGUUCUCAAGUUACCCAUUCCACAAAGACAUUAGCAAAGCACAGACGCGUACCUCUAGCUGAUAAGCCUCAUGAGAAAACUAUGUGCUCUCAGCAUCAGGUACAUGCCAUCGAGUUUGUUUGCCUGGAAGAAGGUUGUCAAACUAGCCCACUUAUGUGCUGUGUCUGCAAAGAAUAUGGAAAACACCAAGGUCACAAGCACUCCGUAUUGGAACCAGAAGCUAACCAGAUCCGAGCAUCAAUUUUAGAUAUGGCUCAUUGUAUACGGACCUUCACUGAGGAAAUUUCAGAUUAUUCCAGAAAAUUAGUUGGAAUUGUUCAGCAUAUUGAAGGAGGAGAACAAAUAGUAGAGGAUGGAAUUGGAAUGGCUCACACAGAACAUGUACCAGGUACUGCAGAAAAUGCCCGAUCAUGUGUCCGUGCUUAUUUUUCUGAUCUACAUGAAACUCUCUGUCGUCAGGAAGAAAUGGCUCUAAGUGUUGUUGAUGCUCAUGUUCGAGAAAAACUGAUUUGGCUUAGACAGCAACAAGAAGAUAUGACUAUUUUGUUGUCCCAGGUUUCAGCAGCAUGUCUGCAUUGUGAAAAGACUUUACAGCAGGAUGACUGUAGAGUUGUUUUGGCAAAACAGGAAAUUACAAGAUUAUUAGAAACAUUGCAGAAACAACAACAACAGUUUACAGAGGUUGCAGAUCAUAUUCAGUUGGAUGCUAGUAUUCCUGUCACAUUUACAAAGGACAAUAGAGUUCACAUUGGACCCAAAAUGGAAAUUCGAGUUGUUACAUUGGGUUUAGAUGGUGCUGGAAAAACUACUAUUUUGUUUAAGUUAAAACAGGAUGAGUUCAUGCAGCCCAUUCCAACAAUUGGUUUUAAUGUGGAAACGGUAGAAUAUAAAAAUCUAAAAUUCACUAUUUGGGAUGUUGGUGGAAAACACAAACUAAGACCAUUGUGGAAACACUAUUACCUUAAUACCCAAGCUGUUAUAUUUGUUGUUGACAGCAGUCAUAGAGACAGAAUUAGUGAAUCACACAGUGAACUUGCAAAGUUGUUAACGGAAAAAGAACUACGGGAUGCUUUGCUCCUGAUUUUUGCUAACAAACAGGAUGUUGCUGGAGCUCUGUCAGUAGAAGAAAUCACUGAACUUCUCAGUCUCCAUAAACUCUGUUGUGGCCGUAGUUGGUAUAUUCAGGGCUGUGAUGCUCGAAGUGGUAUGGGGCUAUAUGAAGGGUUGGACUGGCUCUCAAGGCAUCUUGUAGCUGCUGGAGUAUUAGAUGUUGCUUGAUUUAAAAUGCAGUUGUGGCUAAGAGUUCUUUUGCACAUACUGCUAUAAGUAAUUCUUCAUUCCAAAUACGUUAAUUUAGAAUGUAUUUUUUU